GCCAAAAAAAAAACUCUUCCCCUCCCUUUUCUUCGUUCCCUCAGCUACUCCGACAUUUAAAAAAAAAAAAUUCUUUUAUAGUUUUUUCGAUCUCUCAUUCUCUUUCUUUUUUUAACAGCAAAAAUUAGGGUUUUUUUUCUUAUAUAUUUUCUCGCGCUAUUUUUCCUCCUCUUUGGACAACUCCUAGAUUCACUGGUAAAAAUUUAAGGUUUACAGAUCUAUUUCUCUGCUUAAUCUCUUCACCAUGUUUUGGAAGCUAACAUCUUUAUCUGCCUCUUCUCCGGUGGAGUCAAUAUUAGACAAGGAAAACUUUACUUUGGAAGAGCUUCUGGAUGAGGAAGAAAUAAUCCAAGAGUGUAAAGCUUUAAACAGUCGGCUCAUCAACUUUCUGCGAGAUAGAGCUCAAGUUGAGCAGUUAUUGCGAUAUGUUGUUGAAGAACCUCCAGAGGAUGCUGACAGCAAACGGGUCUUCAAGUUCCCAUUCAUAGCCUGUGAGAUAUUUACAUGUGAGAUAGAUGUUAUUCUGAAGACUUUAGUGGAGGAGGAAGAGUUGAUGAACUUACUCUUCUCCUUCUUGGAACCAAACCGUCCUCAUAGUGCCUUGCUAGCCGGUUAUUUCAGUAAGGUUGUUGUCUGCCUUAUGCUACGGAAGACUGUUCCAAUUAUGAACUAUGUUCAAGUACAUCAAGAUGUGUUUCGCCAACUGGUUGAUUUGAUAGGAAUCACAUCCAUCAUGGAGGUUUUGGUUCGGUUAGUAGGAGGUGAUGAUCAUGUAUAUCCCAAUUUUUUGGAUGUAAUGCAAUGGUUAGCUGAUAGCAAUUUGCUGGAAAUGAUUGUGGAUAAAUUGAGUCCAUCAUGUCCUCCUGAAGUUCAUGCUAAUGCAGCAGAAACAUUAUGUACAAUAACACGGAAUUCCCCAUCAGCUUUAGCCACUAAACUCUCUAGUCCAAGCUUUGUUGUAAGGAUAUUUGGUCAUGCAUUGGAAGAUUCACAUUCAAAAUCUGGCCUUAUACACUCACUCUCAGUUUGCAUCUCGUUGUUGGAUCCCAAAAGAUCAGCAAUUGUUUCUCCCUUGAUGCAUUCUUUCCGACAUCAACAUAUGUAUGAGCCUUCAAUUCCUGUGAAUUCGGAGACUAUCAAUGCUAUGCUGCCUAAGCUUGGUGACUUACUCAUGCUUUUGAAUGUGUCCUCUGAUGAGAAAAUUUUGCCUACCACAUAUGGAGAAUUGAGGCCGCCUCUUGGGAAGCAUCGUCUAAAGAUUGUGGAGUUUAUUGCUGUACUGUUGAGAAUUGGAAAUGAAGCUGCAGAGAAGGAAUUGGUCAACACAGGAACCAUUCAACGAGUUAUUGAUCUUUUCUUCGAGUACCCAUACAACAAUGCAUUACAUCAUCAUGUGGGGAGUAUAAUAUUAUCGUGUCUUGAAAGCAAGAAUGAUGCAAUAGUUGAUAAUCUUCUUCAAGAAUGUGAUUUGAUUGGGAAAUUUCUUCAAACUGACAAAAAUCCAGUUCUUUCUGGUGACAGUAAUCAGCCUACUUUACCUGCUGCCGGAAAAUGUGCACAUCGGGUAGGAAACAUUGGACAUAUUACACGCAUUUCAAAUAAAAUUUUACAGUUGGGAAGCAGCAACAGCCGCAUUCAGGCAUGUAUACAGGAAAAUAGCGAAUGGAACGAGUGGCAAACUAAUGUUUUGCAAGAACGUAAUGCAGUCGAAAAUGUUUAUCGAUGGGCUUGUGGCCGCCCAACAGCAUUCCAAGAUAGAACAAGGGAUAGCGACGAGGAUGAUCUUCAUGAUAGAGAUUAUGAUGUUGCAGCUUUAGCAAAUAACCUAAGUCAGGCUUUCAGUUACAAAAUAUAUGGGAAUGAUGAUAAUGAAGAAGACCAUGGUGGUCUUGGUCGAGAUGACAAGGAUGUAUACUUUGAUGAUGAAUCUGCUGAGGUUGUCAUAUCAUCCUUGAGGCUCAGUGAUGACCAAGGGAGCAGUCUGUUUACAAAUUCCAAUUGGUUUGCAUUCCAAGAUGAUAAAAUCGGUAAUGAACCUAUGGCCACAUCACCCACAGAGGUAUUUGAUGAUGUUAACUUGAAUGGAACUGCAAAUGGUGGUAACAGCAGUAGUGACGAUGAGGUGAUAGUUGGAGAGGAGGAUGAGUUAAAUGAAAGCAAACAGUCAAUGAAUGGCACAUCUACUUCUGAUGCGAUGAAUGGAUUUAAAAAUUCGAUGAACGGUGGAGACUUGGAUCCCCAAGGGGAGAAAGCAAAUGCUUCUAAUGAUAUGGGAUUCUUCAGGUUUGAUACAACUGAAAACAAGGACUUGCUUGGAGAUAGGCCUUUACCUGAAUGGGUGGGGUGGGGAGAAUCAUCGGAUUUCCAAGUGGGUGGUUCAAGCAAGAAUCCGUUUCUUGAUGAUGACAGCUCAGAUGUCAACCUAGCCAGAACUACAGAGACAGUGAUGACUGAUGUUGGACAGCCCUCGAAUGGGGAAUCCAUACUUGCAAAUGGUUCCUCAGACUCCGUGGAUAUGAGUGACGGAUCAGUGAGCAGCAAUUCAAGUAAAAAAUCUCCACCAUCUGUGCGCUCUUUGUUUGAAGAGGAUGUUGAAUUUGUAGGCGUGGAAUUAGAAGGUACGGAGAAGGCAAUGGAACAAGCCUUGAAAGAAGGGAUAGUUGGGGAAGCAGGACCAUUGAAAAGGAAUAUCAUUCCUAAUGUACCCGAAAAGGAGAACUCCGACGAAGUUGGUGCUGGGAUAAAGGAGUUCAACGAUGCAAACUAUUGGAGGGUUGACAAAGAGGUCACUGUUUCGGAGUAAUGCCUGCCAAACAUAUUUGUGGCAAAACAUGGAAUUAGAAAGUACGACGAUGUGUACUUAUGGGAAGGGCUGAAGUAGCAAAAUUGGUAUGUAUAUAAUUUUGUUUCCUGAUGGUGUUGAAACGGUAGGCUGUGCUAUUUUGGUUAAUUACAUGUUCAUUAGUUAUUUACUAUUCAAGAUUUUGUUUUGGCUUUUUUUUCCCUGUGACUGAUUAACGCUCAUAUGGAAUCAAUAUUUUAAUGGCUCUGGUGUUUCUCUCUUCA